CGUCCAACAUGGCUGCGCCCAGUACUGUCAUGGACAGCAACCAUCACAGUAAUUACAAACUCACUAAAACCGAGAAGAAGUUCUUAAGGAAACAGAUUAAAGCCAGGCAUACUUUGCUGAGACACGAAGGCGUUGAGACAGUGUCCUAUGCCACUCAGAAUCUGGUUGUUGCCAAUGGUGGAUUGGGGAACGGUGUGGGCAGGAGCCAGCUGCUCCCCGUGUUAGAGAAGUGUGGCCUGGUGGAUGAUCUCCUGAUGCCCCCUAAUAAGCCCUACUCAUUUGUGAGAUACAGAACUGCAGAAGAAGCCAGGAAAGCCUACGUCACCCUCAACGGAAAAGAAAUAGUGGGUGAUUUAGGACAAAAGAUCAUUCUGUACUUGAACUUUGUGGAAAAAGCACAAUGGAAAGAGAUGGGGCUUCAGGCCUUACCUCCAGGCCUCAUGGUAGUAGAAGAAAUUAUUUCUUCUGAGGAUGAGAAAAUGCUUUUGGAAAGCGUUAACUGGGCAGAGGAUAUAGACGAUCAAAAUGUUCAAAAAUCCUUGAAGCACAGGAGGGUAAAGCAUUUUGGUUAUGAAUUCCACUAUGAGAACAACAACAUAGAUAAAGACAAGCCAUUACCUGGGGGUCUUCCUGGCAUUUGGGAUAGCAUUCUGGAGAAGUGGUUGAAGGAAGGUUUCAUUAAACACAAACCUGAUCAACUGACUGUUAACCAGUAUGAGCCUGGACAUGGAAUUCCUGCUCAUAUUGACACACAUUCUGCUUUUGAGGAUGAGAUUGUUUCUCUCAGUUUGGGGUCAGAGAUUGUCAUGGAUUUUAAGCACCCAGAUGGUGUCACAGUGCCAGUCCUGUUACCUCGUCGGAGUUUGCUGGUGAUGACCGGGGAAUCUAGAUACCUCUGGACACAUGGAAUCACACCCAGAAAAUUUGAUACUGUUCAAGCAUCCAAGGGUCAUAAAGGUGGAAUUAUCACCAGUGAUGUUGGCGACUUAACUUUAAGCAAGAGGGGAAUAAGGACAUCAUUUACAUUUAGGAAAGUGAGGCAAACACCGUGUAAUUGCAGUUACCCUCUGGUCUGUGACAGCCGGACGAAGCAGACCUCCCCGUCGCUUCCCAGGAGCGCUGGAGAAGCCUCGCAGCUGGAGCGGGAGCACGUCCAUCGGGUCUACGAGGAGAUUGCCGGGCACUUCAGCAGCACGAGGCACACCCCGUGGCCGCGUGUCGUGGACUUCUUGAAAGCUUUGCCCAGUGGUUCAUUAGUGGCCGAUGUUGGCUGUGGAAACGGAAAGUAUCUUGGCAUCAAUCAGGACCUAUACAUGAUCGGCUGUGAUCGCAGCCAGAGCCUCGCGGACAUCUGCGGCGAGCGGCGCUUCCAGGCCCUGGUCGGGGACGCGCUGGCCGUGCCCUUGCGCAGCGGCUCGUGCGACGCCUGCCUCUCCGUCGCGGUGAUUCACCACCUCGCCGCCGCCGAGCGCAGAGUGGCGGCUCUCCGAGAACUUGUUCGACUCCUGAGGCCUGGUGGGACGGCACUGAUUUAUGUCUGGGCGAUGGAACAGGAAUAUAAUAAGAAGAAAUCCAAGUAUCUUAGAGAAAACAGAGUUAGCCAAGGAAAGAAACAGGAGACGGACAGUGAUGCAGCAGCGGUGCCCGAGUCACUGGGAGGGCAGGUGCCUGACAUGGGUGACCAGGACGCCCCGUCUUGUGUCCCUGCCAUUCCCGACUGCCCGGGGGAAGGGGGUAACGCCAGCGAUGUCACGGAUGCCAGGCUACCUGUUCACACUAACAGGACUUCUUUUCAUGCUCAAGACUUACUGGUUCCCUGGCACCAUAAGGGCAGCCCCGGGAAGGACAAGCCUGUUGGUGCAGCAGGAUCCCAGGCCCCGGGCGCCGUGUUCCAUCGUUACUAUCACGUGUUCCGUGAGGGCGAGCUGGAGGCGGCCUGCCGGACCCUGAGUGGUGUCCGCCUGCUGCAGAGCUACUAUGACCAGGGCAACUGGUGUGUGGUUCUUCAGAAGGUCUGAUUGUCUCCGUGAAGACAGAGACAGGCAAGAGAGGCUCACUUGCUUUCUUAAAGGAGGCUAAACUUACUGUCUUUUUCAUUCAAGAGAAAACGAGUGGAAAAGUCCCAGAGGAGCACGCCUGAGAGAAAUUUGGGAGUGGAGAUUACUCAGGACCCAUCCUGUCCCCUGCUGUGGCUGACCUCAUUUUAUGUCCCUGCAUGGGGAGGAACAGGGUGGUUUGUACAAGUGACUAAGGUCGUCCGUGAAGUGUUUGGGGCGAGAAAACCGCACAUUGAAGAUAAACUUCUGCUGUACAUGUUACUGAUUGAGCUAAAUCACGUAGAAUCUUAGUGAUGUAUUUGUACAACAUUUUAAUAAAGAAA